CGUUGUCACAAUAACUUGCUACUCCAAAACAUAUUUCAUAAACGCGAUUUUUUGUUCAAUUUUUAAUUAACAAGUCGUAUUAAUGUUAUGCGUAUUCAUCAGUGUGCUAUAUGCUGUAUAAUUAAUUUAAAGUUUGUUUACGCGACGCGUAUUUUCUUAUAAAUUCGCUCCCCACACGAACUCUCUCCGUUUCCCCUAAUUAAGUACGAACGUGUAAACAAACCAGCAUUGCGGACAAUUGAAGCAAAAAUGCGCUGUUUUAGAAAGACAAUAACUUCUAUGGAGCUUAUUAAGACACCAUGCGUGCUAAUUUGUGCGUCAGUUGUUGGAAUGAAUCUUUCUUUAUUUUAUUUUUUAAUUCAGAAUUGGAACAAUGCCAUUCAAUGGUGCAUGUGGACGGUAUCGCUGGGGACAAUUAGCAUUCUUUUGAGUGUACGGAAACACAUUCAUUGGACAAAUUUAAUUAUGAUUUACAGUACUAUCGAUUGCUGCCUUUCCUUUGUGAUACGUUCGUGCUUUCUCAUAUAUUUCUGUGUGAAUCCAUUCGUGCUGUGCGAAUUAUUUGAGGCAUCGGAACUAGAGAUUUGUGCUGCACGAGUCCAAAACGUCGCAGGCUUUGCCAUUGCUUUUGGAACUGUAUACAGCUUCCUGCAAUUGGGAACGUUCCUCUAUCUUUUUGGUCAUAAACUGCAAGUCGUGUCUGAGGAAGAUAUGAAUGAUGAGAAACAAGCCCAUGCCAACGAUAUGGAGUACAUGAUUGAUUCCUUUCCCGCCAAACCCAUUCAUCUUUAAACAUUCGUAUUUGUUACCCCCAAUAAGUGUAUUUUUUACGAACAACUCUGCCAAACUGCAGUCUAACCAAAGCUUAUUGUUAAUACGCGCCUAGUAACAACCAAUUGGAUCAACUAGUAAGCGUUUAACAUCGCUAGCCCAGAGUUCGUUCCCCUUCCUUUUUUUUCUCUCUCGAUUACUUUUUUUGCGUUUUGUUUUGUUUUCUUGUUUCCUAUUGUUAAGGCAUAACUUACUCUUAUUGGAGAAUAUUGUUUCCAAUUUCCUGUUUCUUGAUUCCUUUAUCGUUUUCCGUAUUUCCGUACAGGUAUAUGGAAAGUCUUACCAAAACCGAGGAGAUUGUGAACCUAUAAUAUACUCUAUAGGUUUUCUCUUUCUAACCAACGACUGUGUCAUUGCAACGACCGUUUCAUUAUUGUACACCUUUUUCUGUCUUUUUAAGGCUCAAUCCUUCGGUUUUUUUUUUUCACUUACAAUUAUUUUUAUAACUCUCAUUUUAUUAUUAUGGUUAAUCAAAUUUUAGGUUCUCUUGAACCGAAAUAGGACAUUAUCAGUGAUUGGCUCGUUGUUUGAUCGUAAGUCAAUGAGCUAGCGGCCCGAGAACUUUGUCAACAAGAGAC